UUCGCACGCUCUACACUGGGGCGCUAGAUUUGGCGCUACCGAAAGUCACAGCACGCGUCCCACACGCGAACUAUACGCCAAUCAUAUCGUCGUCGUCGUAAGUUGUCGUCGUACAUUAACAACCGUUGCAACACGCAACAGGCGUUUCGAGUGCUGAAAGUGGCUGAAGCACUUACCGAGGUAUUCGAAAGCGACGUGCAAAGAGAAAUAUAUUAUUCUAAUAUAUACCGACAGCGGGACACCCGUCGCGCGGGUGCACACCAAGCAGCCAUGGCAGCCAUGGCCGUCUCCGCGAACGGCACGGACGUCAACAACUCCGACAACGUUUACGAGCCUUACUCGAACCGGCCGGAGACGUACAUCGUUCCCGUGGUGUUCGCCAUGAUAUUCGUCGUGGGCGUGCUGGGCAACGGCACGCUCGUUUUGGUGUUCAUCCGGCACCGGAGCAUGCGCAACGUGCCCAACACGUACAUACUCAGCCUGGCGCUGGGCGACCUGCUGGUCAUCAUCACGUGCGUGCCGUUCACGUCCACCGUGUACACGGUCGAGUCGUGGCCGUACGGCGAGCUCAUAUGCAAGCUGAGCGAGGCCACCAAGGACGUGUCCAUCGGCGUGUCCGUGUUCACGCUGACCGCGCUAAGCGCCGAGAGGUACUGCGCCAUCGUGAACCCCAUCCGCCGGCACGUGUCGUCGAAGCCGUUCACUCUGAUGACCGCCGUGGCCAUAUGGAUACUGGCCGUGGUUCUGGCCACGCCGUCGGCCACGUUCUCGCACCUGGCCACCGAGCUGAUACCCAACACGAACGUGACCAUCGUGUACUGUUACCCGUUUCCGAAAACUCUGGGCGACGGGUACGCACGCGGCAUGAUCAUGUUCAAGCUGCUCGCGUACUACGUGGUGCCGCUGUUCGUGAUCGGGUGCUUCUACCUGCUGAUGGCCCACCACCUGAUGGUGUCCACGCGCAACAUGCCCGGGGAGCUGCAGCACGCCGGCCAGUCGGGCCAGAUCCGGGCCCGGAAGAAGGUGGCCAAGAUGGUGCUGUCGUUCGUCGUCAUAUUCAUGAUCAGCUUCCUGCCGUACCACGUGUUCAUGGUGUGGUUCCACUUCAAUUCGAACUCCCGCGACGAGUACGACGACUACUGGCACGCGUUCCGCAUCGUCGGCUUCUGCUUGAGCUUCAUCAACUCGUGCGUGAACCCCGUGGCGCUGUACUUCAUCAGCGGCGUGUUCCGCAAGCACUUCAACCGGUACCUGUUCUGCUGCUGCCCGUUCGCCCGGUCCGGCCCGGCCGCCGUCGAGUCCACCAUCCAGGACAUCAACCUGACGCACGUCAACAGCACGUCGUGCAGGCGACACAACUCGGUCGUCACCAGCCACGCGACCACGCUCGGCCACGCCACCUGACGGGCGGCCUGCGGCAGCAAGCCCGUCACCAACGGCAAACGCCCGGAAGACUGCAACGUCGUCUGACGACGAUAACGCGCUGAUGACGAGGUCGGCGCGCGCGGUGUAGACGAUCGCGUGGCACACGACGAACGCGGGUGUUCGUCUGCGGGUAACGUUUGCGAUACUAUCACAGAUCUUUACAAUAAUAUGUCUUUAUAUAUAUAUAUAAAUAUAUUCAGGUAAUGAUAAGACACUCGCGGUGAAGCAGUGGCGUGCUCAGUUUUUUCGGUGUAAAGGGGCGUGUUAUAACAAAAAAAAAACCAUCGCAUACUCUUGCAUUUGCCGGCAGUUGCUAUGAUUAAUUAUAAUAACAAUACAUCAUUAAUCGUGUGUAUGAGGGUAAUAUUUGUACAAUAUUAUGUGUAAGUUAUUAAUAAUACAUCUUGACAAGAUGGCGGCAAGUAUGCUUUCAUCGCCUCGUCACAUGAUAAUUACCUGUAUUACAAUAUGUUAUCGUUAUCGUCCAACUCAUUAAUCUAUAUUAUAUGUAAUAAUAAAAUAAAAAAUUCACGCCGAAAAACUAUUGAAAACGCGAGUUCUUAUUUCAACAAUAAGUUCUACAGUUUUUUUCCUAAGCGACGAUACACCCUUCCCAGUGAGCACGUCCCUGGGGUGACGAUAAUUUAUUCAAAUGCACUUCGUUCGUACGAGUAGUAUAGGUACGUCGUGUUAUCACGAUUUGUGGUGUACAGUUAGACGACUGCUGGCGGUAGAUUUCUCCCCGUUCCAAUUCCGAUUGCAACUUAAUGUGAAAAGUGUGACGCGUCAACUGAAUGUAUGAAAAUAUAUAUUUAUACGCCUACGUGAUGUGGAAAAGCCGCUUCACCGAGGUCAGUCAAUCACGGCAUGUUAUCAUCAAACGCAUGUUUUAUUCAACCCCUCCCCCCCAAACCGCAAAUGCACCGUCUGUUUUUAUAAUAUUAUGAUCUGUGAUACUAUCGUUAUUCGUUAGUAAACGAUGACGACGACGACACGCCCUCACCACCACCGCUGUAUAUUACGAGUAUCAUACAAAAACGAUUUAUUUUUCAAUGUUGGUUUUUCCUUUUUUCUUUCAGCACAACUUUCUUCCCGAACUCGACGACACGAGUAAUGUUUGCGCAUUACCACCACUGCCCACACCUACAUCCACACAAAUUGUUCCUCCGAAUCCAUUACCAUAGAUAUAAUACGCUUAUACCUACGUACAAUAUAGAUAUAUUCGCAGUAGGUGUACCGACGGCUUUAAGAUAAAUUAUCUCGUCCGACAAGUUUCCAACUAUAGUCCUACGACUGCGCGUCGUUACUCGGGCGCAUAAAAUACGAUAUAAUAUUAUAUCAGUGAUAUCGGCUGCGGUAAGUAUUUCGAUUCGUGUUAAACGAUAGAUAUUAUAAUAUACUGUAUUACAUCGGCUUAUACUUUGACCGGUUACAUGGCUUCAAAUUCUUUCUUUGCACACGUCUUACUACUCUUACUUAUAGCUUAACUUCUAAGAAUUACAUUAUGUGGUAUAUUGUAUAUAUCGCACACUACGCGUCCCCAUCGUUUUAUUUCAAUACAAUCAAUUGCGUAUGUUAUCCAAAAUUUAAAAACUUUUUCGAAUGAUGACUAAGAUUCGGUUAUUGAAUAUCGACUGACCGAUUAAUGAUAUUAUAUUGAAAUACUUAUCAUUGACUUACACUUUGGAAAUUAUUUAAACUACAUAAAAUAUUGCGAGUAUAUCACUGAAUAAUGAAUAAUCAACAAUUAUAGG